AUGGAAUCGAUGAGCUCCGGCGACGGCUAUCCCCAGCUACGGACGACCGUCCGCCAGAGCUGGCUCAGUCGGCACGGCGCCGACGACCCUCGACUUGGAGCUCGCCCUCGCCCGCGACCCUCCACGGCCAUCCACCCGAGUCCAUCCAUGGAGGGAGAGGCCGUUGACGCCGAGCUGCGGCUCGGCCCUCCGGACAGCGGCGGCGCGUCGGCGGUGGCGUCGGAGAGCAAGUACGUCAAGGUGAGCGUGGAAGGAGCCCGGUACCAGCGGACGGUGGACCUGAGGGCGUACGGAGGGCACGCGGAGCUCAGGGCGGCGCUCUUGGGCCUGGCUGGCCAGAUGCUGGGCCUGGGCGUGACCUACGAGGACAAUGACGGCGACAUCUUGCUCGCCGACGACCUCCCCUGGGACAUGUUCGUCUCCGACUGCAGGAGCAUCAGGAUUAUGAGACGAUCGACGAUGAUGACAAACAGCUAGAGCUAGGGCACG